GAUUCCGACCAGCAAACACGCGUCGGCUGCCAUUUCUCCUCCGUACUGAAAGUGAAAUUGCGUGACAUAAUCGCAACUUGGAGCGCAAAACAAGACAUGGCUGGUGUGACUCCCAAAGUUCUGGUGCUGGUGUUGAUGGGUGUGGUCAGCGCCACCUACCUGGACGGGCCCAAGACUCCGUCUGCCAACCACCUGUCCUCCAGUGGUGGUGGUGGUGGUGGAGGAUUUGCUGGUGGUAACGCUGGAGGAAACAGAGGAACCGGUGGAGGAGGCACUGGAGGAUACAGCGGAGGAGGGGGAAGCGGAGGAUUCGGUGGAGGGGGAAAUGGAGGAUUCGGCAGCCGUAGCACUGGAGGAUACAGCGGAGGAGGAGGCACUGGAGGAUUCGGUGGAGGGGGCAGUGGUGGAAAUGGAGGAUACGCCGGAACUGGAGGAGCCGGAGGUGGUGGAAGCGGAUAUAGCAGCGGUGGCAGCGGAGGUGGAAGUGGUGGAUUUGGUGGCAGCGGAGGUCAUGGUGGAAGCGGUGGAUUUGGUGGCAGAGGAGCUGGAGGAUUUGGUGGCAAUGGAGGAUAUGCUGGAAGUAGUGGAUCUGGUGGGAGCGGAAGUGGAGGCUUUGGUGGCAGUGGAGGACUUGGUGGAAGUGGAGGCUUUGGUGGCAGCGGAGGACUUGGUGGAAGUGGAGGUUUUGGUGGCAGCGGAGGUGGAAGUGGAGGAUACAAUGGAGGCUUUGGUGGUGGUGCCACCAUUGCUGACUUAGCCACCGUCAUUCCUGGAGGUGGUGUUCCCGGCAAAGACUACCCCAUCCUGGCCUACGUCCCAAAUACCGGCUUCUCCUGCAACGGUCAGCUUCCCGGCUACUACGCUGACACUGCCCCCGAGGCCGGCUGUCAGGUAUUCCACAUCUGUCAACAAGGUGGAAGAAUCGACUCGUUCCUGUGUCCCAACGGUACCAUCUUCAGCCAGCAGUACUUCGUGUGUGUCUGGUGGUUCAACUUCGACUGUUCCACUGCUCAACAGUUCUAUGGCCUCAACGCUGAAAUCGGAAAAAUCAGUGGUAGUGGUAGCAGUUAUACCGGUGGAAAUAUUAACGGCAAUGGUUUUAGCGGCACUGGAGGAGGAUUUGGUGGUCCUUCCGGUCAACAAGGAUCGUUCUCAAGCACUCUAGGUGGAAUUGGGAACGUUGGUGCUCCUUCACAGUCUUAUGGACCACCCCCAAUAGGUGGAAGUGGAAGCGUCACCGGUAGAGGUGGUAACGGAAACGCAGGCUUCAAUAACGGUAACGGUGGCAGAGGCGGCGCUGUUGGCAACAGAAACCUUCAACCUCCCUCUGGUCUCUAUCAAGUACCAGCAGCUGGAAAAUAAGAUCUUCCACGUAUAUUCGACGAUUAAAUAAAGAUUUAUCUACAAAUAACAAAUAUAAAUUAAUAUAGGUUUUAAUAAUGCUUCUAAUAGCACUAGCUCUACUCCGGAGAUGGAGGAAAACUUACUUAAGUUACUUCCCAUCAGUUGGUGGCAACUUUGUUAUACCUCUGACCUCCCAUUCGUCCAGUAGGAUAGUUCUUAUUACUGUAUGUAAAUACUUGCCAUUAUUUUCUUUUCUCUGUCAUACCAAAUUCGGACUUAUCAGCCUUAUAGAAAGCUUAUUGCAAUAGAGUGCGGUCUUACUCUGGUGCCAUACAACACAAAUGAAAACCUCAUUUAUUAUAUUUUAUAUGUGCAUUAUAAAU